CGUGUGGAAACGUGUGUGUGUAAUGACUGGGGAGUUCAUUUAUCUCCACCCAGCGUGUGUGUGUGUGUGUGUGCCCACCGAACUUUGUAGGAGAAUUUAUAAUUAGUUGACGACGAUAGAUCGAAAGAGGGGAAACACCAUUCCAUGGAAUUGAAAUCAAUGAGGCUUUGUACCUGAAAUAAAAAAAAUGUCUCAAUGCUACUUUAUCGUUGAAAAUACCUCGCCAUCUUGAUGCUUGUGCUUGUGGCACAAGAGGCACAAGGAGAAUUUCGUGGUGAUAGCACAAUGUGUGUGUGUGCAAGGAGUCGCAGUACGUACGGCCUGGAUUGACGUUUACUCCCCAGCAGCCAAUGUUUUGAUUCAUCCAGUGAAUUAACAUACCUAUAUAUUUCCAUUAAUUUUCAAUCGCUUGCGCAAUAGACAACACAAUUUAAAAAAAAAAUGAACAGUAUUACCAUUAGCGAAAAAAUAUCGAGAACAUGAUUUUUUGCAAAUGACGAUUGGAGUGAGUUUUAACUGAUAAAAAGUACGGAACAAAUUACGCAUGAGAAAACGGGAUGCAUUGCUAACUGAUGAUGGUUAACGAGAGUGGUCAGUUUUAACAAAUAGUGUUGUUAUUUUCAAUAACAAGAUAUUGUUUUGAUGCAUUGAGAGGGAAUUAUUUUUUGAUAUUAACAAUUGAAUGGUAAAAUGGCCACUGAUGUGAAGGAGUCUGACACUGAGGAACACGAGAGACCAGCCCCAGCUAAGAGACAAUGCAUGAAAAUCGUAAACAUUCAUGAUGAAAUGACUCAUCAAACAGCACAAGAUCCUGCUCCAGAAGUUGAAACUGAAUUCGAGAGGACUGAGAGACUAAUACGAGAGAAACUUCGAAGAUGGCAAGCAUGUCAGAUGGCCAAAGGCUUCGUUGACAACACGAUAAAUCGUGUAAUGGAGAACUACAUUCUAGGACCACAAGUGGAUGCCUCACAAUUUCGGUUAUUCCGGGGGACCGAUAUGGAAGAUACUGCAGUGAUGAUGGCUAUAAGGAAUCACGGUUUGGUGCAUUCAGGGCAAUUUGAAGAUGAGAGCGAUCUUUAUCAGAGUUUUUCCAACUCUGUGGAGAGGAACGAAUUUCCAAAAUCGAAGAACUUUGAUAUUCCCUUGGGAGCUACUUCAUCCAAGAUAAUAUCAUCGAGUCAGAUCGACAAUUGCCAAGAGAGUAUGAAAGAGAAAAAUGAUGAGGGAGGGGACGAGCAGGAUUUUUUGGAGCGAGCAGUUGCAGAGGCCAUCAAAAUAAAAGGGCUCAGUGCCCUGAGUGUCGAUUACGGUUGAAACUCACUCACUCAUGUGAGAUAUUAACAUUCGUUAUUUUUUUUUCAAGUCGCGCAUUCCAGUCGUAAACAGUCUCUAACAUUGUAAUCUUAAGGCCAAUUUUCUCAACCUCUUUCUAUAUCCAACUAAAUGAAUACUAAUGAACUAAUUGCGAAUGAAUUGAUUUGGAGAAUCUGUUGGAGAGUAUAUCAUGUAAAUCUAUGAAAUAGCCACUGAAGAAUUCAACUGAGGAAAUUAAACGCUUCAACUGAAUGGGAAAACUGUAGUCCUUUCAUGCCAUAGAAUGACAAAACUGUGAAAGCUUCGUUCCUAUUGUACUGUCAGCAGAUAAAUAUUAACGAGAGUAUUCUUGUAUCACAUGUAAUGCGUAUGUCAUAUUUAUUUCGAUAAAGCGGUAAAAGAAUUAGUACGAUUAUGAUUUCAGAGUAUGUGCUUACUCCGAAUAAAAGAAAAUUUGAAAUCGACUUGUCGAUAAGUUAUUCAAGACAUCAAUAAUGUAAAUAGUUGCAGAGAUAAAGGGAGAUGAGGAGGCCAUAUGUAAUGCAAUACAAAAGAAUCCUAAAUAAAAACUAAAAACCUUAUCAGAAGAUA